AUGCCCAACGACCACGGCGUCAUCCGCAUCAUGCCGCCGUUGGAAACCUCGUCUGUCUGGUGGCUGAGCGACGAGUUCAGUCCCCCUCCACAAAACGACGGGCCAAGUUCUGACGUCGGCAUCGAGAUGCAGGACUCUGAAACCAAACCCGGCAAACGAAAGGCUCCUCCCGAUGAACACGUCCCUCCAGAGGAUGGGUUCCCACCGGAGGAAGUAAUUGGAGACUUUAAAUUGAAGCUUCCACAGGACCAGCGCUGCAGCAAUUGCAAGGGCAAAAGUAGAUCCUGCAUCGUCGCGACGCUGCAUAGCGCCAAGUGUCUCGGAGACCCUGAACAGGACGGUUCGUGGGCUCGGAAAGACCGCAAAGACGAAGAUGUGCCAUCCUGGUACCGACUCCUCGUCUCCAAAGAACGCAUCAAGGGAUGGUCGAAAUCCGAAGUUGAUAAACUCCCGGUUUUUACACUCUCACCCCCGAUUCAUUUGCCAACUGCCCCUACCGCCCCAGUCAGUCCGCCCAUCCUAUCACCUGUUCCGCCCAUCCCAUCGCCUGUUCCGCCCGAUUCGCCGGCGCCCCCUCGUGUUUCUCCCCCUCGUGCAUCGCCCCCCGGGCCUUCGGCUGAUAGUAACCUGCCGAGCGAGAGCAACAUCGGGCAAGAAUCUACGGACGAAGUCUCCAUUGACCAGGUGUCGGAUGAGGAGGCUCAUUCGGACCACUCCGGGCAGUCCCCUGGUCCCGGUCAGCGUGCGCGUGGGCACCGGCGCGGUCGUGGCCGUGGCCGUGGGCGCGGACGUGGGAAGGGUGUUAAGUCUGCCCAAGGUGGAACCCAGGUCCGUCACGGGAAGAACAAGGGGAAGUCGGUCGAUCGGGGAUCAGCGACUGGACCGGACGAAGUUGAAAGCAACGCGGCCACGGUCAAGUCGUCCACCGAACCAUCGCGCAAGAAACGCAGAGUGGCAGACGCCGGAUCCACUGCCCAGGCGAAGACGCACCUGAGGUCGCAAGGCGGUGAAGAGCUUGUGGAAGACAGCCCCGACCUGGUUGACGAGGACAAGUCGGACAUGGAGUGGAUGCAACGACGGGCCCCGCGACCACCUGCGGAUUCAUAUGAAAAUAUGUCCAAGGCGGUUGUGAAGCCCAACAACCCUUGGGAAGCAGGGCGACAGGCCCGUCAGGGAAGCACAGAGUCGAACAUCAAUGACGAGGACCAGACGAACAGGCAGGGGGACGCCACAAGACAAAACAGCCACAGUGUAGAUGACCAUGAGGGGGCCAUUGACGGGAGCGCAGGGGGCGUUGAUGAGAGCACUGUCCCUACCGGGCAAGAUUCUUCUGCACCUGAGGAAGACCGUGACGCCUACGGUCUUCGAUUAGGGAUAACGUACGGCCUGCGCGUGUCGAUGGACAUGAUCAGAUUGAUGAUCGAAUGCGGUAAAGAUGCUCCCGACGACCGCGAAGACAGAAGAAUCACUAUGUCUCGUAGUGAAAUGAGAGCCCUUCUCACGGAGCUUAAGGACUGUUCGGACAUUUUGACGACGAUCAUUGAAGGGGCCCCAAAUCCGAUAUCUAACAUAACUGCCGCUCAUCGUCACCUCAAGAACGCCGGGCAAGCCAUCGAUCGGCCCCUCAACAGAGCGAACAACUCAAUCGUAAACGCUGCCCCUCAGCCGUUGCCCUCUCCGGAGGACGUCUCAAGCACCGUUCGUGGGAUGCUCGACUCUGCGUUAUCGCAAUGGGAGGAAGGCGAAUUUCUGGAGUCAGUGAAGACCUCGAUGAAGAAUAUGAUCGAAAACGUGGUUCAGGAAGGUUUGAAUCCGAUAACCCUCAACGCCGCAGAGGACCUUGUGGCGGGAGCCCUUCGUUCGAUGCAAGAGCAGAUUUCCCAGAUGAAGGAAGAAGCCGCUGCUCAUCGAGAAGAACUCCUGGUCGAAACGAACAGACAUCUUCAGGAAGAGCUCGCCCGGGACAGGGCCGACCUCACCCGUUUCAUUCAGGACGCGCAUUCGAUAGCCAGCGACGUCCUUGUGACGUCAGGUCUGCUCCCAGAGGUCAAUGUUGGCGAAACGGAGGAAGCACGCCAACGGCUGCAUGAGGUCGACCCCGGGCUCGCUCAGGUCGGGCUGCCUUGGCGACAGGCAUACAGGGACGUCUCGCAGCAUAUUGGAGAUGGGCAGGCUAAGACUGCCACUUUGGCGUUUUUCUUCAACAAUCUGCGGUUGCGCAUCGAAGCCUUGGAGUCCAACUUGACCUCCUCUGGCUCGCCAAUGGGCUCGACUGAAGCCGCCGGGCCGAGUGCAUCGGGCUCUGGAGGAGACCGCCGCCCAGGGAACGUAGGAACCACGGCCAACCAACCUCUUGUUCGCCUGCCUGUUGCAUCGAAAACGGCAGGCCCUGCCCUGUCUGAAUUCACCUUCGAGAUGGGGAUCCAUGGGCGGCGCCCGGCCUCCCACGAUGGGAUCCAUAGAGCUGUGGAGGAGGGAGGGGCGGCAGGCCACAGUUCCCAAGGCGGGAAGAGUCGGAUGGCUCGGGGCGUGGGCAAGAGUCGGCGUGACAGCGAGGGCGAAGAUGAAGACGGCGACGAAGACGGCGACGAAGACGGCGACGAAGACGGCGACGAAGACAGCGACGAAGACGACGGCGGCGGCCAGGAAGACGGGGGCGACGGCGACGGCGAAGACGGGGGCAACAGCGACAGCGACGGCGACGGCGACGGCGACGGCGACACAGGCAGCUGGGCCAGCAACACCGGCCGCGCGAUUAGUCCAGCGCCCCCAUUGGCUGAAGGGCCGGCACAUACAGACCUGUGCAGCCGCAGCAGCCUCAGCAGCCUGACGGGCAGCUCCCGCUCGGCGCAGUUGGGGCUUAACCGGCAUGCGUCAGGCGACUCGAGCGAGGGCGAGAGCGAGAUCGACCCCCCCGCGUCGCCGCCGCCAACUUCCCCCGAGUCGACGCCGCAACCCCCCGCCCCCACGUCGCACCCAACAGCCUGGCCGUUGGAGAAAUACGAACAUGUGCCUGGAAAAGGCCGUGCCUUGAACGAUGAGAGACGGGAGGAAGAUCUCGCAGAGAUAUUUCCACCGAUCGAGCCGAAAAUACCUGACGGGUCGCUGCCCAUCGUGGAGGACAAACCCUUUGUGAUUACUGAUUCCGAAGAUUUUAUCCUGGUGUGGUCUCUGCCAGGGAUACUUUCUGAUGACAUUCAGGAGGACAUAAUCCAGGCACGCUCGGCCUACGGUGAAGCCGGCGGCCUCCACAUUUCGACCGAUGAAUCAGUCUGGCGCUGUGGCCCAAAGCUGUUCAACCUCGAUGCAAAGAAUUCCAAUCCGGGCAUCAAAUCUCACGCCGGGCAGCAGUUCUUGUCCCCUGCUGCCAUACCCCAAGGCACUUCGCAGCUUCGAAAAAACAUUGCCGAAACGAAGUCCUACUCAGAGAAUGGCACGUCCGCAUGGCUUCAAAGCAUGGCACGCGCUGGUGCUGUUUUCGAUGGGAUCAUGCGCGUCACCUGCCCGGCUCAGCAUCGCGCACUACGCGCCGAGCUAGAUGAACUUGCCAGACGCGAACCCGAGACCGCGGGCCUCUGGUGUUUCCCCACACAGGCAUGCCACCUCAUUUCCAAUCGGGAGACGAUAUUCCAUCGUGACACGGGGGAUGGCAGUCUCUUCUACGACAUGGUCGCCACUGUUGGUGACUAUGGAAGGGGGGCAUACAUGGGCUAUCAGUCUCUCGGUUUCGCGGCGCCAUACAACAGCGGCAACGCGCAAGUUUUCCUGGCCAAGCACCUCUCACAUGGCGUUCCCGAGGUCUCCGGUGAUCGGGUUUGCAUCGCGCUUUUCUGUCAGAGGGGAGUGUUGAAAGCAUGGGGCAUUGACCAAGCUGGCAAGGAAUAUUUUCCCCUUCGGGUAGAUGACUUCGUUGUUGCGUCCGGGUUGUAA